AUUUACCUACGAUCGGCACACGGCCACGGAGUACAUAACACGCAAUAAUGUUAUCUAUAUCCGAUUCGGUGGUAUGUGGGGCGAGUUGAUAACCAGGAUGGUGACUAUGGCUAUCGAUUGAACCAUUCGACCUUGUGAUCAAGGAUCGCCUCGCAUUUACGGAGUACAGGGAACCUAUUAGUCCCGCGCCAAAGAGUACGUAAGUUCUAACCUCGUGCUGUGGUUGAUAGGGUACUGCCCCUAUCUCAAUAGUAAUUCGGCUCUGCCCUUUCUCGCGCCUCGAUGACAUGGUACUUACGCGAUAAUGCAACCGAGUCCAUCCCCGCCCUGUGCCGCAGUAGUGCUCGAGACCUCGAAUAGGGGCAAAUAACCGCAGUGGCCGAGAACGAUAUAUAAAAAAAACCCCGGAAGUGUAUCUUCUAAUAAACGCCGGAAGCUGCACUGCACACUACUUUUGACAUUUCUGGGUUCUUCGUCCUCUCUCACCUCAACUAUCAAAAUGGAACCUGAACACCGCUCUGCUGAGGUAAUUGUGGUUGGGGCAGGAGUCGGAGGUCUUGCCGCAGCAAAAGCCUACCUUGAAUUAUCACCCCACACCAACAUCAUACUCCUUGAAAAGCGACCAACUAUUGGUGGUGUCUGGGCCGAAGAAAAUUGCUACGAAGGCCUCAAGACAAACAACCUUGGCGGAACGUAUGAAUUCACCGAUUUCCCCAUGGGUGAGAAAUACGGCAUCAAAGGCGACAAACAUAUCCCGGGCUCCGUGCUACACUCCUAUCUGAAUGACUUUGCGGACCACUUUGAUAUUCGCCCCCGGAUUCGCUUCAAUACCCAGGUCUUGGAAAUUGAAAAGCUUAGCCAGAGUUGGCGCCUGAAUACAGUUACGACCGACUCAACCUCCGCGGUUGUGUAUACAUGCGAUAAGAUUAUAGUUUGCAGCGGGCUGUCGUCAGCACCUAACCCUGUAACCAUUCGGGGUAUGGACGAAUUUGAAAAGCCGAUAAUCAAUCACUCGCAGUUACGUGAGGAAGGAGCACGCAUUGCCCACGAUCCUAAUGUCGAAUUUGUUACCGUUGUGGGGGCUUCAAAGACAGGAUACGACGUUGUGCACUUGAUGGCAUCCAAUGGCAAGAAAGUACAUUGGGUCAUUCGCGAGUCUGGGGGUGGUGGAGUCUGGAUGACAUCCCCAUGGGCCAAGUUCCGAGGAGUCAAAACAAAGCUAGAGUUGCUUGCAACUAUGAGGUUCUUUACAUGGUUUAGCCCAUGUAUUUUUGGUGACUUUGACGGAUUCAGCUGGUUCAGGAAAGCCCUUCAUCAAACCCGCUUAGGAAGGUACUUCGUACACAAAUUCUGGGAAGGUAUCAGGACAGAUGUCGUUGAUUUGAACGGAUAUAGGAAAGAGAAAUGCCUGCAGCACCUCGAGCCCCUCGAAAGUGUGUUCUGGUCUGCGCGAGUUGGAAUACUCAACUAUCCCACCGAUAUUCAUGACUACCUUCGCUCCGGUCAGGUCAAGAUCAUACGAAAAGAUAUCGACUACCUAUCUGGACCCGGAACCGUCACUUUUGCAGAUAGUACCAGUGUGCACACAGACGCGAUUGUCGCCAUCACCGGAUGGAAGCUCGCCCAAUCAGUUAUCUACAAGCCCGAUGGCCUAGAUAGCAGCCUGGGCAUUCCAUCCAGCAAUAUCAGCGCAGACGAUGAAAAACUCUGGCAAAGAUUAGACGGUGAAGCAGAUCAAAAAAUACUUGGUCGCUUCCCAUACCUGCUCAGUCCCCCACGCGCCAUUCCAUACAAGCAGGAUGUCAGUCCCUAUCGACUGUAUCGCGGCAUUGCACCUCCAUCUCUUGCGACGAAGGGCGACAAUUCUAUUGCAUACAUUAAGAUGGUCCACAGCACGAGCAAUAUUAUCAUCGCAGAGUGUCAGGCGUUGUGGACGUACGCUUAUCUAAAUGGGAAAAUCUCCAUUGACAAGAAGAAGGUGUAUGAACAGACCGCUCUCCUGAGUCGUUACGGAAAGCACCGUUAUCCAUGUGGAUUCUCUGCGUGGUAUCCAGAGUUUGUCUACGAUGCUAUUCCUUACGUGGAUAUGCUUCUCUAUGAUCUUAAGCUCAAGCGUUGGAGAAAGCCUACACUAAAGAAAGAGAUGUUUGAGGGUUAUACAAUUCAUGAUUACAAGGGAAUCAAUCAGGAGUGGCUAAAGGCUCAAAAGAAGGCGGCACCAAAGAAAUUGUGAUUGCGUGAGAUAUAGGUGAUGACUUAAUUCCCUUUUACCUCGAGGCUCGCAGGGUUUGGUCGUCUUCUUUGGCCUUGCGGGAAGCUGGCCUGGGAUUGCCCGCCAGG